GUUGCAGGGCUAGGUUCGGAGGACGAGGAGCGGUUGGUCGCCGACUUAUUCUUUGGAUACAACAAGCUGAUUCGACCCGUCGAAAACAUGACCAAAACGGUCCAAGUGGAAUUCGGGCUCGCCUUCAUCCAGCUCAUCAGCGUGAACGAAAAGAAUCAGAUAAUGAAGUCCAACGUCUGGCUUCGACUGAAAUGGACAGAUUACCAGCUGAUGUGGGACGAGUCGGACUACCGUGGCAUCCAGGUGCUGCGCCUGCCCCCCGACAAGGUGUGGAAGCCUGACAUCGUGCUCUUCAACAAUGCCGACGGCAACUACGAGGUCCGCUACAAGUCUAACGUGCUGGUGCACCCGAACGGAGAGGUGCUCUGGAUCCCACCUGCUAUCUACCAGAGCUCGUGCACGAUCGACGUCACGUACUUCCCGUUCGACCAGCAGACCUGUGUCAUGAAGUUCGGCUCGUGGACCUUCAACGGCGACCAGGUGUCGCUGAAGCUCUUCAACAAUAAGGAGUUCGUCGACCUCUCCGAUUACUGGAAGUCGGGCACCUGGGACAUCGUCGAAGUGCCCGCCUACCUCAACCAUAAGAACCAGACCUCCCCGAAGGAAACGGACAUCACGUUCUGGAUCACGAUCCGGCGCAAGACGCUCUUCUACACGGUGAACUUGAUCCUGCCCACGGUGCUGAUCUCGUUUCUGUGUGUGCUCGUGUUCUAUCUACCGGCCGAGGCGGGCGAGAAGGUCACCCUGGGAAUCAGCAUCCUGCUCUCCCUGGUCGUGUUCCUGCUGCUCGUCUCAAAGAUCCUGCCGCCGACGUCGCUGGUGCUGCCGCUCAUCGCCAAGUACCUGCUCUUCACCUUCGUGAUGAACACUGUCAGCAUCCUGGUGACUGUGGUUAUAAUCAACUGGAACUUUCGGGGGCCGCGCACCCACCACAUGCCAAACUGGAUACGCGUCGUCUUCCUCAAGUAUAUGCCUAUUUUCUUAUUUAUGAAGCGUCCGAAAAAGACUCGCUUGCGGUGGAUGAUGGAGGGCCCGGGUGCGGGGCCGGCCGGCGGGCCACCGGGCGGGCACGUGCCCUCCUACAGCAGCCCCGACCUGUCGGCCAAGUACACCAAGCCCAAGAUGGAGGCCAUGGAGCUCUCCGACCUGCACCACCCCAACUGCAAGAUCAACCGCGGCGGGCUGGAGCCGCCUUCGGACAUGCGGCGCGACAGCGACGCCUCCGACUCCGUCUUCCUCACGGCUGAGGCCUACAAGGCCACCGAGGCCGUCGAGUUCAUCGCCGAGCACCUGCGCAAUGAGAACGAGUACAUCCAGAUUCGCGAGGACUGGAAGUACGUCGCCAUGGUGAUAGACCGGCUUCAGUUGUACCUCUUCUUCGCGGUAACGACAGCUGGAACCAUCAGCAUCCUCAUGGACGCUCCUUUCAUCUUCGAGUACGUCGACCAAGACAAGAUUAUCGACAUCUACCAAGGCCGGUAGACAGCCACCGCCGCACUGGGGGCAGACCGCCACUUCGUCACAACAGGCGUCGUCCUCCGGCCAUUUCUGUGCCCACCGCCAGCGCGCCCGCCGUGGGGUCGCCGUCGUCACGGCCUGUCGGUGACGUCUGCAGGCUGUGGCGUGGUCCAUCGGUGACGCCUGCAGGCUGUGGCGUGGUCCGUGGGAACCCGGACGGGUGUUGGUGCGCUGCUGCCGAUGUUGGCCGGCGGAUUCUGAUGACUGUGCUCCGGCCUAGCAGCAUCAGGACCGGCAGACCCGAGCUAGCUGCUGCUGCUCCUGCUAGCCGCUGUGGUGUGGUGAGUGUUUUCGAUGAGUGUUGCGUACAACCGGGAGGUGAAUCACCUUGAACUGAAAAGGGCAAUCGCGGGAUUGCACGCUCAUAACAACCGAGGCAGAUGGCAGGUGUGCUCGCGAGAAUUCACUGGCUGCGACAAUUCCAAACAUCAACCGAAAUCCACCCAUGGUGUUGUCGUGCGGAUUCGCUUGGUAAGCGUGUAAUCACCACUCAAACCUCCACCGCUAACCGACGUAGACACGCAUGGAAACACAUCAUGAGCGUGCAGUAUCGGCCAACCACCCCUCGACGCCAGCAAGCUUACUGAACUGAGACUAAGGGCAGCGCGACAGGCGGGCUUCCACACGGGCUAGCCGGAGCGCAUGAGUGCCCUGCACGUUGUGCGCAUACAAGCGGCAGUGAUGCACCAGCGUGGCUCUGCUCAUUUCGCCCCACCCCGCCCGCCGGUAGCGGGGCCGCCCAGUGGCGCCGCCGAGCCCGCCGGCGUCUCGCGCGGUGGCGGCGUCAGUCGCCAGCUAGUCAAUAUCGAGGUAACCGCCGCCGCUAGACUAGCCGACCCGUGUAGCGUAGCGUAGCAGAUUCUUCGGUGCGAGGAACACUUGGUGGGUUGCGUAGCCGUUAAAAGGAAAUGCUCAAUGCCUGCCGCGGUGGCGGCCGGCGCGUCAGCGCUGCGGUCCGCAUCCAAACACGCCGACUCGUGCGGCCGCGGAGGCCGGCUUCAUUUUUUACAGAAUACGGGUGUGCUGUUGUUGGUGAGAUUGCGCCGUGCAGCGCGACUGCUGCUGAUUGCCGAGGCGGUGACUGCCGACACGUUAGACCUUUAUCCAGCGGCGGAGAGCGCGGCUCGUCGUCCGCUGAUUUGUGGAGGCGGUGGUGACGUCAGUCGGUGCUGCAGGACUCACCGGCUGUCGGCGGCUGCCGGCGGCGCCGGCGGCGCCACCCUGCGUGGAAUGCCUAUUUUCGAGCGAGGGCACUUUGGUUGGUGCAUUUCCUGUGACGUCAAAACAGCGCGGGCCAUUGCUAUGACGUCACGUGAAUGCAGUGUGAUGACGUCAUCGCUGUCUGCGGGCCGCUACUCCGACUGCAGUCGUGGCGCUGCCGACUAUAUCAAUGUGUCUGGACAAUGCCAACCAUUGAGUAUCAUCAGAUGGCAGAUUUCAGUUGGAUUUAGUAGUUUUCCCAUUGGAGCCGCUGUUCCAGGACUAAGCGAUGCUGACCGCGCUGACACUGCGGCCGUCGCUGACAUUGACCUACGCCCGGAACAUGUCAGCACCGUCAGCUGCGUGGUGUGGUGGGCGGUGUGGCGCAAGUAACUGGCGGCUGUCCGAUGGAGCACGUCGCGUUUUUGCAAUUUCUGGUCUGGUGUUGUUCAUCUGCGAGCGGAACUGUGUGUGGCCUGGUGGCUCGGCGCUUUCACUGGGCGUGAAAUAUAAUGAGGGAAGCAUGCUCCACGCGCCCAGCAGUCAAAA